GCCCGGCCCGGCCCAGCCAUGGCCAAGCCUCAGCGGACCCCAGCGCGGAGCCCCGACAACAUCAUCGAGGUGAAGAGCAAAUUCGAUGCUGAGUUCCGGCGCUUCGCCCUACCCCGAGCCUCCGUGGGAGGCUUCCAGGAGUUCUCCCGGCUGCUUCGGGCCGUGCACCAGAUCCCGGGGCUGGACGUGCUGCUGGGUUACACCGACGUGCAUGGGGAUCUGCUGCCCCUCACCAACGAUGACAACCUGCACCGGGCGCUCGCUAGCUCGCACCCGCCCUUGCGCCUGCUCGUGCAGAAGAGGGCAGAAGCGGAUCCCACAGGCAUGGCCUUUACCUCCAACUCCUUGCAGCGCCGGAAGAAGGGGCUGCUCCUCCGACCUGCAGCCCCUCACCGGACUCGUCCCCCACUGCUCAUCAGCCUUCCCCAGGACUUCCGCCAGAUUUCAUCUGUUAUCGAUGUGGAUCUGCUGCCUGAGAGCCACCGGAGGGUGAAGCUACACAAGCAUGGCUCAGACCGCCCACUUGGCUUCUACAUCAGAGAUGGGGUCAGUGUCCGAGUGGCACCCCAAGGCCUGGAGAAGGUGCCUGGCAUCUUCAUCUCUCGCCUGGUCCGGGGAGGCCUGGCCGAGAGCACCGGACUCCUGGCUGUCAGUGAUGAAAUCCUUGAGGUCAAUGGCAUUGAUGUGGCUGGUAAGUCACUGGACCAGGUGACGGACAUGAUGGUGGCCAACAGCCACAACCUCAUUGUCACGGUCAAGCCUGCCAACCAACGCAACAAUGUGAUGCGAGGUGGAGCAGGUCGGCCUCUGGGACCUCAGCCCACUGCCCCCCUCCCUCCUGCUGAAGUUCCAGAGCCAGACAGUGAUGAGGACAGUGACCUGGUCAUCGAGAGCCAUAGAUUGCCUGGCUACCUCCCUCCCUGCCCCAAUGGGGUGCCUCUGGCUCCUUCCCAACGGGACUUUCGCCCAAGUCGAUCACUUCCUGGCUCUCGAGGGUCCCUACAAUCCCUGGACAGUCAGGAUGGGGCCAGCCCUGGCCGAGGGGGCAGCCUAAGGGAAGAUGGCAGUGGCAUCACCCUCUAGUCUAGGAUUUGGCCGGCUGGACCACGGGGGUUAUGGUUCUCCUUACAUAUAACUCUAGCCCCUGCUUGGGCUAAUGGACAUCAGAGCCAAGGUGGGACACAGGAGAAGAAUGGUUCCUGACCUUGGUCCCUGCGCCACUCCCUUGGCCCAUGUGUCUCCCUCCCAGUGGGGAGCAGUUGGGGAGCUGCCCUUUCAUGAGCCUAGGCAGUAUGUUUGCCCUCUUG